AUGGAUAUGAAUAUUCACACUCUUAAGCAAUUAAAGGAAGCAAAUAAAGAUCAAGUACACGAGUUCUCCUUUAACAGAAAAGAUAAAGAUGUAGGUGAUGUCGAAACUGCUGAACUUUGUGAAGAAAUCUCGAAAUGCAGCAAGCUUCACACACUGACUCUCAAUCUCUCAAGCAACAACCUCUAUGGAGAUGGUGGUAAAUCUAUUGGUUCAUUAUUAGCUAAAUGUGAUUCCCUUAAAAUACUUGACCUGGAACUAUCUAAAAACAGUCUCGAAGUUGACGGAGUUGCUGGCUUAAUCGAUGGACUGAGCCGUUCUAAUUCAUUAGAAGUCUUAAUGCUCAACGUAGCUGAGAACAUGCUUAAGGAUGAAGACUUUGAAAGCAUUGGCCAAAAAAUAGCUUAUUUCAGAAACUUAAAAGGACUCGCUCUUGUUCUCACUGAAAAUAAGAUGGAAAAUAAUGGAUUAAAAAAAUUAGUAGAUGGUAUUGCUCAAUGCCACUAGCUCACUUUAUUAGACUUGCAUUUGCACCACUAUCCUCUUAGCUCAUUGGGUGGUUUCGUUAUUGGAGAAGCCUUACAAAGUUUGCACAGCCUCCAAAGUCUAUCUCUUCAUCUUGAGAACAACAACCUUAAAGACGAAGGAAUCACUAAACUCUCUAUUGGAAUUAGCAAGCUCAGUGCACUCAAAAAGCUUACCCUUGACUUAAAGUAAAACAACAUUCAUGAUGAUGGUAUUUUGGCAUUGAUCUAGGCAAUAUCUAACCUUACUAACCUUGAAAUCCUCAAAGUAAAUGUUAAACAAAAUGGCUUGCACUAAAAGUCUGUUACUGCAUUAAGCUAACUAUCAAAGUUAGGCCAUCUUUAAAUUCUCAGCUUCAACUUUGGAGACAUAGACACAAACAUGAAAGAUGAAGAACUUAUAAAGCAAGAAUUAAGUAAAUUAGCUUUUGUAAAGUAGCUAAAUAUUAAUCAUACUGAUGAUGAAAUCCAAUAUUUCUGA